AUGAACAAGAACCCAGUCAAGCAAAAAGUGGGCAUCACCCUUCCCCAAGCUUGCGAACAGGGGAAGCUGGACACUAUCAGAGUCAUACUGACACAAACCCCAGAGGAACUGCAUUUUCGAGGGGUCAUGGGCAGAACCCCUGUGAUGGUCGCAGCAGCUACCGGCCAAAAGGAUGCUUUGGCGCUACUGAUCAGACAAGGGAGUGACCUAUCACUGCUUGAUGAUGAUGGCGAAAACAUCCUUCAUUUAGCUUGUACAGGGGGUAACGUUGAAGCUGUGAAGAUCAUUCUUCUGCAGAAAGCCGUUGCCAUCGACAGCAGAGGCAAGUACGGUCAAACGUCUGUGAUGAUAGCUGCUUAUUACGGACACACAGCGGUUUAUGAUUUACUGGAGAGUAAGAAGUGUUCCAUGAAAAUCUUGGAUGACCGUGACGAUAAUAUUCUUCAUGUAGCUUGUCUUGGUGGAAAGGUUGAUAUGGUGAGACACAUUCUGUCUCAAAGGAUAUUUGGCAUCGAGACCAGGGGACAGUUUGGACAAACCGCGUUGAUGAAAGCCGCGAGGAUGGGUCACAGUGAGGUGUUUGAUGUAUUACUUGAAAAUGGAAGUGAUUUCUCCGUGGUGGAUUAUGAUGGUGAUAACAUUCUUCACGUUGCCUGUCUCAGUGAUGAUGUUGAUCUGGUGACGUCUCUAUUGAUGUCUAAAAGAACACUCGACCUGGAGUGUCGUGGUCAGUAUGGAAGAACUGCGUUGAUGAAAGCAGCUGAGAAGGGACACCGUGGUGUAUAUGACCUGCUGGUGAGCAAAGGUUCUAACGUCUCUGUGCUUGAUGAUGACGGCAACAACGUCCUCCAUGUCGCCUGCUGUGGAGGCGAUGUACACAUGGUGAAACAUGUACUGUGCAAUAAACAGUUUGGAAUAGAGGAUCGUGGCAAAUUUGGAAGGACGCCGCUCAUGAUGGCAGCAGAAAAAGGCAAUAUUCGUGUCUUUGAUUCCCUUAUCAGCAGAGCUUGUGACUUCAAGGCUUUAGAUUUCCACGGAUACAACGUCCUGCAUGUUGCAUGCUUCAGUGGGAAUAUUGACAUGGUGAGCCAUGUUCUCACCAAGACAAACAUUGAUAUUGAAAGCAAGGGACAAUAUGGCAGAACACCGUUGAUGGCUUCAGCAAAUAAAGGGCACCGGGGACUUUUUGAAUUUCUUGUCACCAAGGGUUCCGACGUGUCAGCAGUAGACGACGACGGCAAUAACGUCCUCCAUGUAGCUUGUCAAGGUGGCAGUUUGGACAUGGUGAAGUACAUCAUUUCUCAGAAGAUAUUUACAGCAGAAAUCAAGGACAAACUGGGACGCACACCGGUGAUGCAUGCAGCUUAUUUUGGUCAGCGCGAAGUCUUUGAAUAUUUGGUUAGCAAAGGGUGUAGUUUGUCAGUAAUAGACAAAGAUGGAGACACAGUUCUACACAUGACCUGCUAUGGUGGAAGACAGGAACUCGUGCAAGCUGUUCUGUCCAGAGGGGUGGUUGAUAUUGAAAGCAAGGGCAAAUACGGACGAACGCCGGUCAUGACUGCAGCCGAUUUCGGUCACAUGAAUAUCUUCGAUUUUCUGGUCAGCAAGGGAUGUGAUCUUUCUGUAGUGGACGCCAACGGUGACAACAUCCUCCACGUUGCAUGCUACUGUGGCAACGUUGAUAUGGUCAAGCACCUGUUAUCUCAGAAGGUUUGUGGAAUCGAGUCGAGGGGAAAAUACGGAAGGACGCCGAUUAUGACAGCAGCAUUCUUUGGUCGAGUUCCUGUGUUUGAGUUACUUCUUGACCUAGGGGCUGACUUGUCGGUAGCUGACGAUGAUGGAGAUAAUAUUCUUCAUGUUGCGUGUCUUGGAGGCAACGUUGCCAUGGUGGAGGCUAUCGUGUCAAAGGAUGUUCUUCCAUUAGAAAGCAGGGGGACGUAUAGAAGAACACCCGUUAUGCAUGCUGCUAAUAAAGGCCACACAGACGUGGUGGAUCUGCUCGUUAGGAGUGGAUGUGAUCUUUCUGUGAUGGACAGCAACAAAGACAACAUCCUUCACGUAGCAGCCAAAGGGGGAAGCGUGGACGUAUUGCGAUACAUCCUUUCACAAAAUGUAUUGGACAUAGACGCUAAGGGUCAAUACGGACAAACAGCUUUGUUAAAGGCAGCACGAACACAUCACAAGAACGUGGUGGACUUACUCCUGUCUGAAGGUUGUUCAAACCUUGCUGUGGACAAUUACAAUAACAAUAUUCUCCAUGUUGCCUGUCUUGGUGGAAACAUGAACAUGGUGACACACAUCGUGUCUCUGAAGAUAGCUGACCUUGAAAGUCGUGGGAAGCACGGAAGAACAGGAUUAAUGAUGGCAGCAGAAAAGGGCCACAUACCAGUCUUUGACUUCCUGGUGAGCGAAGGAUCUAAUAUGAAGACCGUAGACGAUGACAGAGACAACAUCCUUCACCUCGCAUGUUUCUAUGGCAGUGAAGACAUGGUCAACCACAUCCUUGCUCUAGGCGCCAUCAGUAUAGAGAGCAAGGGUCAGUAUGGUCAAACGCCAUUGAUGAAGGCAGCAGCGUCAGGACACAGACACAUCUUUGAUUUGCUUGUGAGCAAAGGUUGCAACACUUCCUUUGUGAAUGCUGACGGAGACAACGUCCUUCACGUUGCUUGUCUGGGGGGUAAUGUCGACAUGGUGAACCAUGUCAUUGCCUCGAAGAUAGGAGGGCUAGAAAGCAAGGGAAAGUAUGGCCAGACCCCAGUCAUGAAGGCUGCUAGUAUGGGACACAAGGGGGUGUUUGUUCUUCUUGUGAGCAAGGAGUGCGAUUUGAAGGCGGUCGACAAUGAUGGAGACAGCAUUAUUCACGUAGCCUGCUACGGAGGUAACCUUGACAUUGUCAAAUACCUGAUCACUCUUCAUGGCGUCGUGGAUAUCAAUAAGAAAAACAAAGCUGGAAAAUCACCACUACAAGUUGCUGAAACCUGUGGCUACACAUCGAUAGUUGAGAUCCUGAAAGAAGACUCAUCUUAG